GUGACUUAAGGACCCCCUGACGACUUCCUCCCCUCCUCCCCCGCUCAGUGAGCCGGAAUGAACGCAGCCACUGCCCCACGCAGACGGUGAAGAAGCUCCUGGAAGAACAGAGGCGCCGCCAGCAGCAGCCCGAUGCUGGUGGGGUCCCGGGACAGUUCCCACCUCCCCAGCCCCAGCUACAGCCCCAGCCCCCGCCCCUAACCCCAUCUGUGAAUGAGGUAGAACCUGGACACCAGGACACCGUGGGCUCUGGCCUUGGCAACCUGGCUCCUGUCGCUGGCUUUCCAGACUGGGACCCCAGCAUGCACACUGCCUACCCAGACAGUGCCUACUCUUACCCCAUGUGUCCUGCGGAAGCUACUCUCACGCCUGAUUUCCACCCACCCUUGGACCCAGGGCGGCCGUGCCCAUAUUCCCUGGGGAUGGAGGACGCCCUGGACAGCACUCGACUGUAUGCAGAGCCUUCCAUACCACAGCCAGCAUCCUGGAGAGUUUCUGCACUCCCCCCAGGACCCCCACCCUUGCCCGCUUCUACUGGGCCGUCCCUGGACACAGCGCGAGCUCACAUGCUGGCUUUAGGGCCUCAACAGCUGCUGGCCCAGGAUGAAGAGGGGGACACGCUCCUGCACCUGUUUGCAGCCCGAGGGCUGCGCUGGGCAGCAUACGCCGCAGCCGAGGUGCUCCAGGCCUACAGGCAGCUGGACGUUCGUGAGCAUAAGGGCAAGACCCCUCUGCUGGUGGCUGCCGCCGCGAACCAACCCCUGAUUGUGGAGGAUUUGCUGAGCCUGGGAGCAGAGCCGAAUGCCACUGACCAUCAGGGACGUUCCAUCUUGCACGUGGCUGCCACCUAUGGACUGCCAGGAGUGCUCUCGGCUGUGUUUAACUCAGGGGUCCAGGUUGACCUGGAAGCCAGAGACUUUGAAGGACUCACUCCCCUCCACACAGCUAUCCUGGCCUUCAAUGUUGCCAUGUGCCCACCCAACCUCUGUCCCCAGGGGCUGAGUACCCAAGCCCGAGACAGGCUGGCUUGCGUUCAGAUGUUGCUGCAUGUGGGUGCUGACCACACCAGCCAGGAGAUCAAGAGCAACAAGACAGUUCUGCACUUGGCCGUGCAGGCCGCCAACCCUACCCUGGUUCAGCUGCUGCUGGAGCUGCCACGGGGAGACCUGCGGGCCUUUGUCAACAUGAAGGCCCAUGGGAACACAGCCCUCCACAUGGCGGCUGCCCUGCCCCCUGGGCCACCCCAGGAGGCCAUCGUGCGGCACCUGCUGGCAGCGGGGGCAGACCCCACACUUCGCAACCUGGAGAAUGAGCAGCCUGUCCACCUGCUGCGGCCCGGGCCGGGCCCUGAGGGGCUCCGGCAGCUGUUGAAGAGGAGCCGUGUGGCGCCCCCAGGCCUGUCCUCUUAGGACUCAAACCCAGAACCUGGACUGAUUUUCCAGUCCCCACCGUCCUGUGGGACAGCCAGCGUAUGCGAAUGAUGCAAAUCCGUGAUAAUGUAUGUGCAGUGUCCUGCCAUUGGGGUCUUACAUUAAAACCCUGAAGUGGCUGCUGGGGGGUUGAGCAGUCCCCAAUAUUUGGGGGUGGUGUGAUGCCCCUCCCCCACCCACAAGGUGCCUUCUUGAUGAUUUCUGUGAAAUCGAGGCGCCUUGAUUGUUUCUGUGAAACACCCCGAGCCCCUGUUGCUUUACCCACCAGGAUUUUUUUUGGGGGGGGAUCAUCUCCCCUGACUGAGGUCUUCAUACCUGGAAAUUUAGAUGAAAUGUGCCCUACGCAGUACUCGGGGCAUCCCUAUAUCAUCCCAGGAGGGCUCCUAAGAUGGCCCCCUGACCCCUGCCUGAAACUCCCCAUUAAACUCAGU